GUGUAAUGUGAGGUUCUUGGUGUGGCCAAUAGGUGGCAGUGUGGUGCAUCAGGGUACUUGAGAUGUUUUUUUUCCUCCCAACAGCCACAUCACAUCCGUGAUCCCAAACAGCAACAACAAGGAAGAAGCAGUCUUCUCAAAGUUUUUAACAGUAAGUCUUCAGAUGUCGUCUGCCGCUCCAAAGGGAGAGAACUGCCUUGUGGACAUGGACAGCAAGGCUGGAGAUCUGUUUAGUGCUGAAAAUGCUCAUCCAACAGGCACAGGGGGCACUGGAAUACUGGCCAAGCUGUGGCUUCCCAAAGGCCUCUCAGCCAGCGUAGCUAAAGAGUGGUUCGACCAGCGCAGAUUGUCCAUUCGACCAUGGGCCAGUUUUGUAGACCAACGCAAGUUCUCAAAACCUCGAAACUUCGGAGAGCUGUGUCAGAGGGUGGUGAAGAAUGUGGAAGUUUACAACAGCAACUACACCUUCAUCUUUCUGGGUCUCAUUCUCUACUGCAUUAUCAGCUCGCCCAUGUUGCUGAUUGCCUUGGCUGUGUUUGCUGGUGCCUUCUACAUAAUCCACCUCAAGUCCCUGGAGUCCAAACUGGUCCUUCUUGGCAAAGAGCUAACCGUUCCCCACCAGAUAAGUUUAGCCGGACUUGUCUCUCUGCCUGUGUUCUGGUUGGCUGGAGCUGGUGCUGCUGUGUUUUGGGUUUUUGGAGCUACGUUGUUUGUCAUUGGCUCACAUGCCGCUUUCCGACAGCUGGAGGGAUCCGACUUGGACGAGCUCCUCAUGGAGCCUGUGUGAUGACCCACCUGAACUUGAAGCAGGUUCUGAUUGACGAUCGGGUAUCUUUCUGACCCAAUGAUUGCAUCAGCCUUCAGGUGUUUGAGGUGAAAACUGCUGUGAGACCUGUUUCCAAGCUAUAUGUACAGCUUAUAUUCCAUGUAUUUAACCUUAUGGCAUUUUAUCCAGAACGCACCUUAUAUCGUGUCAAAGAACUGUUGUUACACUCAUUCAUGCACAUAACUUACCAUAUGCACAAAUAAUGAGUUACUUAAUAACCAAAGCACAUUGUUAAUUAUAAGCCUUUAUCUGCAUAUUUCUACCCACUCAUGCCUCUGGUUUGUAUCAGAAAUCUGCUCCUUACUGAUAUACCCUCUGUCUGUUGAUAGAGCUUUUGCAAUGCCCUGUAAUGCAUCUGCUGUAGAAACAGAUUCUCUAUUCCAAAUUUAUAAACUGUUGAUGAUCAGUAAUUUCCAAAGGCAAAGUGCCAUUUAAAGCUUUAAAAUGCCUGGUUAUUACGCACAAAUGAUGUUUUUAUUGUAAUAAAUGCUAAUUUGAGAAAGGAUUCUGGAUUCUGUGUUUUAGUUUUUAUGUUCUCAUUGUCUGUAUGCAUAUUUAAUCAAUCUGCUUCGAACAUUCGGGUAAUUAAAGCAUGUUUCAGAAAUGUCCUUUUUGUUUACAUAUACAGGAAAUGUGUUUUUGUAUUGAAAUUUUGGAAGUGCAAUAAACCCUGGUUACUGAUU